UCGAGCACCAAACCACAGCACGCCCGCACAUACCUUUCUUCCAAGACAUUCAAAGCACUUCCACGCCACAGCACGCUCUCACUCUCUCUGAAUUAUUUGCUUCCAGAAUAUUGAAACUUUCGAUUCAAUUUUAUCUGAAAUCAAGCAACCAACAAACAGAGAGAAGAGAAAAAAUGUCUGAAAUGGACGACGGCACGUCGAAGCCUCCACAAAUCUCCGAAAUGUUUCAGAAAUUCGCUCUGGCUUUCAAGACCAAGACGUUCGAGUUCUUCGCCGAGGAGGAAGCCGACGACGCCGACAGCUUCGCGCUGCUCGACUCUGCCGAAGAGGUCAUCACGGACCAGAAGGUCGUCGUUAUUAAACCGGACACGGCGGCGGCGAACUGCAACGCUCCGGAGAUAGAGGUGACGCCGGAAAAGCAGAUUUCGAGCGAGACCCAGCUGAAAAAAUCGGAGGUUUUGGCGGUUUCGAAGCCUUUGAGCCGGACCCGGAUACGACCCAUGAAUACCCAGAUGACCCAAACUCUGAUUUCGUCCAUUUUUGCCACUGUUUCGUCGUUUGAAGCUUCUUACCUGCAAUUGCAGACUGCCCAUGUGCCCUUUGUGGAAGAAAAUGUGACCGCGGCUGAUCGAGCUCUCGUCUCUCACCUCCAGAGGCUCUCGGAAUUCAAGCAGUUUUACAGAGAUUUUUGUACGAGUUGGGAUUCGAGUUCUAAUUUGCCAAUCGGGUCCUGCUUGGAAGCUCAGGUGCAGGAGAAUCAGAGCAAGCUCAGGACUUUGGGAACAAUGUCGAACAGCUUGCAGACAGAGAUAGAUCAAAGGGACAAUGAAGUUACGGGCCUGCGGAAAAAAUUGGGUGAGAUUCAAAAGUCUAAUGUGAAUUUGUCUAAGAGGUUAUCCGCUACUUUGAAUUCGUCUUGUGAAGUUUUGUUGUCAGUUAGAGUUUUCGAUUCAUUUUUGCAUGAUGCUUGUAGAUUAACACGCAGAUUGACUAAGAUUUUGAUAACUUUGAUGGAGAAAGCUGAGUGGGAUUUAGAUUUGGCUGCUAAUUUGGUUCAUCCGGAUGUUGAUUAUGUUAAAAGAGCGCAUAAUCGGUACACUUUCUUGUCAUAUGUUUAUUUGGGAAUGUUCAAAGGUUUCGAUUCGAAAGGCUUUGGUUUGGAUGAGGAAGAAGUUUCGUGUAAUGGGCACGGUCCGGAUGUGGAUAAGAAAAAUGCUUCUCUCAAGCAGUUGCUUGAGCAUGCGUCGAGCAAUCCAAUGGAGUUGUUAAGUAGGAAUCAAAAUUGUGAGUUUUCCAGAUUUUGUGAGAGCAAGUAUCAAGAGAUCAUCCACCCCACUAUGGAAUCUUCAAUCUUUAGUAAUCUGGAUCAAAACCAAGUUGUGUUGAGUUCAUGGAGGUCUCUGAGUGUAUUCUAUGAAUCAUUCAUUAGCAUGGCGAGUUCCAUAUGGAUGCUCCAAAAGUUGGCAUAUUCUUUUGAUCCGGCAGUUGAGAUAUUCCAAGUGGAAAGAGGUGUAGAUUUUUCGAUGGUUUAUAUGGAAGAUGUCACUAGGAGAUUGUUGUUACCAGGUAAAGCCAGGACGAAAGUUGGGUUUACAGUGGUUCCGGGUUUUAAGAUUGGGAGGACAGUAAUUCAAUCCCAGGUAUAUUUAACUGGGUUAAAAUGUACAGAGUAGUCGCAAGUCAAGCUCUGCUGUUUAUGAUAAUGAUAUAGGCAAGACAGGAGGUGACCAGGAUUAGUGUGUUGAUCUUACGUGCUUGGAUUGUCGGAUGGAAUUCGAAAUAUGUAUGUUGGAGGUAAAUUGAAGGAUGUAUCGGUUACUAUGGUCAAGACGGAAACCCGGUAAUAUGCAUACGAUGAAGAUGCUGUUGCCUUACAUGAUACUGAACCUCUUUCCACAGAUACAUGUUACCUGGUUUGUGACUUUGAUUUUUCUUUGUAUAUGGUUUUCGACGUAGAAUCGACUGUAUAGAACCUUUAUCUCUCUUUUUUCGUUAAUUCCGACACAAAUACACUGGCAAGUUGUGAAUCCAAAUUCCUAAUUAGUUCUGUUAUUAUUGGAAAAAAUAAAAAAAUAAAAAAAAAUUCCGGACAAUUCAAGUACAAUGUUAUCUCACAAA